CUGUCAUUUUGCGUUAUAUCCGGUUUGUGAUUCUUCCAAUGAGCUUUCACCAAACAGUCAGCGGUUCUCGUUCAAAACAGUAACGACGUUAACUGAAAAAAGAAGCUUGAUAUUCGACAAUCGACACACGCGAGGCAGUUGGUGACCAGCUGUUUUCAACAAUGGCAGAAGGGGAGGAUGUAGAAUGGGAGCUCUGCAAAGAGAACAUUCAACCUCUGAGACGUGGGAGAAAUAUGUCAGCCUUACUACAGGCACUCAGUCACAGCAAAGAUGGCCUCAACCCUGCAGUUCUCCAACAGAGACAGGCUUUUGAGUCUGAAUUGCGUCUUUACGAUGGGGAUGACCCGCUUGAUGUUUGGGAUCGGUACAUCAAAUGGACAGAGCAAAUGUUUCCUCAAGGAGGAAAGGAAAGCAAUCUCAGCACAUUGUUGGAGCAAGCUGUGACGCGUUACGCAGACGAAACGAAAUAUCACAACGAUGCCCGCUACGUUGACUUAUGGAUCAAAUAUGCAGGGCACUGCUUGGAGCGCUUGGACAUUUAUAGGUACAUGAAAGCCCAGGGAAUAGGGACCACCAGAGCAUCCUUCUACAUUGCCUGGGCCGAGGAGCUGGAGAACCGCGGCGAAUUCCUCAAGGCAGACUUGAUCUUCCAAGAAGGAUUCAAGAUGUUUGCUCAGCCUCUCGACAAGCUACAGCAGUUUCACAAGUUGCUGCAGGCUCGGGUGUCCCGGCAAGCAAUAAAGAAAGUCGAUGAUAGUGAUAGCGAUAGUGAUUACGAGCCAAGACAACCGGAGAGAGUUUCUCUUGCUGAGCUCAAAACACGAGGGAAGAAAGGCAUUGUGCCUAUCGUCAGAACUGGACCAGCAAUAAAAAGUGUCCCAAAGGGCCUGAGUUUACGUGCUGGUCCAAUUGGUGAACGCAGCUGUCAUGCCAGCAACACGAAACUGAUGAUCUUUGAUGAGAAUAAGGUAAGCGCUGGUCCUUCAGAACCAAAAUUUGAGCCUUGGUUGGCUCCUCCUCCUUCCAGGGCAAAGGAAAAUGAGAAAAAGGUGGAAAAAUGGUGUGAUGUUAAGAUGCGCCAGAAGUCCGCAUUUGGAAGCACAAUGGUUUUGCCUCCUCUAAAACCCACUUUCCAACCAUUUGUUGAAGAGUCAGAUGAGACUCCCAAAAUGACACCGUGCAAGAUCAUCCCGACAGUGAACAACAUUUUGUCAGCACGCAAGCCCCACAGAGAUGAAACGCCUCUGAAAAGGCUGCUGGAGCACCAUCAUCAGCACAAAGAAGGCGAAUCUGGCAAAGAGCUCGAAAAGAGCAUGUACUGUAAAGAGCUGCUCUUCAGCGGUACUACUGAAUUUAGCUUGGAAGAACUGCGUGCCGAACUGUACUUCAAGAAGAAGAAUUCGCAGGCGGUCAGCUACCUUGACAAGCCAGCGACUGACCCUGAGAUGAAAUAAGGAGGCAACUCACCAGAAGUACAGUAUGAAAAUCUCACAAGAUCCAAUAUUUCAAAAUGAAAAUGAAGGAUUUAAAAAAAAAAUUUUUUUUUUUUAAAAUAUUCUUAUAUUUUUAUUCAUCCAUCCUAUAUCUAAGAAUCUACAAUUGAGAAUAAUCUUUGAAAUCGCUGGCUACCAGAAGCAAAGUAAAACUAAAUAUUUUGCAUUGCUUAGGUUACUUAUAUAACUUAGAGCAAUAAUAAGAUACACAAAACCAAAAGUAUUGAUUAAAAUGAAGAGAAAGGUAAACUUUUAUCUCUAACUGUUACAGGAUUUUAACAUGUCAACUCAUUUUCUGUUCCAACAUGGCAUAGCUUUCUGAACGUGAAAAAUACACCAGGGUAAGUUGGAUGUCAGCAGUUAACGUGCUACAUAGCUUACUGAGGUGACGCUUCAUCAGAAACUGAAUCAGACCCUGUGGAAGACACAACAAUUGCUACUCAUCUGUUUUUCAUUGACAGAUCACAAUGGAAUUUGUUACUUUGGGUAUAUUUUAGGGAUGUAUACGUAUCAAUACUCGGAGACAGAUUUUUUUCCCUUGGGUGGGGGGUCUCAGGGCUGUUUUCGUUAAUUGCUGACUUAUUGUUGCCUUUAUGUUCUGAGUUAGCCAGUAGAGUAGAGAUAUACUGUGUCAGUGGCCGUAGUUCAUUUUGAACUUGUUUACCUUUUAUUUCAGAACAACGCCAUUAAUUGCCAUUUAUGUUUAUUUGUUUAAUUCCAGUUAAUGCAGAUUAAUGCCAUGUCAAAUACAACAAACCACAUUGAAAUGCCUAGGAUGUUACUGUUUUAGAGUGAGUUAAACUAUACCGUGUACUAGCUCCGCAUUUACCAAUACUUUUCUCUGUUCAUUUGUGAUGUGAUCCUAUACACCUUCUGUUUUUUUAUAUGUUGUUUCUUAACGGCUCAAGUGUUAGAAAUGUUGAGUCUUAAACCAUCUUAAAUAAAACUGGCGAUUGACAA